GGCUGUGCGUUGUUAGCGGUCGCGAUUGUCGGUUGCCAGGGUGAGGAUGGAUCACACCUCUUUAACUGAGAGAUAAACUCACGUAGUAUCUCUCUUAAACACAUCUGUCAUAUCUACACACACAGGCAACGACUAACACGGAGGAGUGCCAUCACAACGGUGCCAGUAGUGGGAUGGAGUGGCGUUCACUGCUUGACUUCUCUUAAGCUCAUCAGGACAGAUAUGAUCAGGUGAUCUGAAAGGAGAGACGUCCGUCUGUCAGUACUGUUUCUUUGGGUGAGAGUGAAGAUGAACCGUUACACAACACUCAAGCAGCUAGGUGAUGGGACCUACGGCAGUGUUCUGAUGGGGAAAAGCAAUGAGUCUGGAGAGCUAGUGGCCAUCAAAAGAAUGAAGAGGAAGUUCUACUCCUGGGAGGAGUGCAUGAAUCUGAGAGAGGUCAAGUCACUGAAGAAACUGAAUCAUGCUAAUGUGGUGAAGUUAAAGGAGGUGAUACGAGAGAAUGAUCACUUGUACUUUGUCUUUGAAUACAUGAAAGAAAACCUCUACCAGCUCAUGAAAGACAGGGAAAAUAAGAUGUUUACUGAGAAUGAAAUAAGGAACAUCAUGUUUCAAGUUCUCUCUGGUUUGGCAUUUGUGCACAAGCAUGGCUUUUUUCACCGGGAUAUGAAACCGGAAAAUUUGCUAUGUAUGGGUCCAGAGCUGGUGAAAAUUGCUGACUUUGGAUUGGCUCGAGAGAUCCGCUCUCGGCCUCCUUAUACAGACUACGUCUCAACACGAUG